UAUCAUACUCUGUCCGCUUAUAACUGGCCUCUAUUCUUUUGCGUGCAUUGCAGUGCUAACUAGACCUUUUGAAACAGAGAGCUCAAAAACAUGGCACAUGCUGUCUUAUGGUGCUGUUUGCUUAUUAGUGUGGGCUCUUUGAGCUCAACACAGGCUUACCUCGGCGUAAAUUGGUAUUGGCAACGCUGGUGUAGGCAAAACGCCACUUCUAUGAUAUACGAAACCGUUAAGAGGACUGCCCGAGACGUUUCAUUCAUCAAGGCUCACAUUGAAGCAGAAAACGUGCCAUCGUGUCUUCCUGGUUGGGUGAAAUUUAAGUCGUCCUGCUACAUUGUCCUUGACGUGCCAACCAACAAGUGGACAAUCGCACGGCGCGCAUGCCAAACGCUCGGAGGGGACCUGGUAAAGAUUACGUCACCCCAACAAAACAAGUUCGUCGCUGACCUCGGUAUCAAGGGCACAGUCCUUCCAUUUAUGUGGAUAGGACUUCAUCGAGGUGGCGACGCCAGUUUUUUCUGGGUGGAUGGUACCACUCUCACUUCGUCGAGCUACUCUGCCUGGUACCCGCCCCAGCCUGACAACAGCGGAGGUCACGAGAACUGCGGGCAUUUUUUGCUAAGUGGAAAGCUCGCUCGCCGAUGGAAUGACAUCAGCUGCAAUAACUCCUAUCAGUUCGCAAUAGCUUGUCAGAAAAAGCUUGACUGAAAUGUGGAAUAAAAACAAGGAAUCAAUAUAAACCAUA